AUGCUUAACCACAGGGCCCGUGCUCAAGUCCUCCUCAGUGACCACAGGGAGGCUCAGAACAAAGUCUUUAUGGACAAUACCACUGAAUCCACAGCAGUGAUUACAGCAGAGGCCAGCGCUGUUUACACUGCUGCCUUCCAGGACAGCUGCUCCACGCUGCCUGUGUACACGCGAUAUGGAAAAUGCUAUACUUUUAAUGGCAACAAGACAGCGCUGAGGAAGACCAAACAAGGCGGGAUGGGGAACGGGCUGGAGAUCAUGUUGGAUAUACAGCAAGACGAGUAUCUGCCCAUCUGGAGGGAGACGAAUGAGACGUCUCUUGAGGCCGGGAUACGUGUGCAGAUCCACAGUCAGGACGAGCCUCCGUACAUCCACCAGCUCGGCUUCGGAGUCUCCCCGGGCUUCCAGACCUUUGUGUCCUGUCAGGAGCAGAGGCUGACCUACCUGCCCCAGCCCUGGGGGAACUGCCGCUCCAGCAGCACAGAGAAGAUCCCUGGAUACGACACGUACAGCAUCAGCGCCUGCCGCCUGCUGUGUGAGACCAACGAGGUCAUCCGUGUGUGCAGCUGCAGGAUGGUGCACAUGCCCGGAACAGCGGACAUCUGCCCCCCCAGUAAGGUCGGCUGUGUGGACAAAGCUCUGGCCCAGCUCCAGAAGAGCAGCGCAGACUCGUGUCCGUGUGAGACGCCCUGUAACCUGACACGCUACGGAAAGGAGCUGUCCAUGGUGAAGAUCCCCAGUAAGGGCUCGGCGAGGUACCUGUCCCGGAAGUACGACAAGAGCGAAGACUACAUACGAGAUAACUUCCUGGUCCUGGACAUCUUUUUUGAGGCUUUGAACUAUGAGACCAUAGAACAAAAGAAGGCGUAUGAUGUCGCAGGAUUAUUAGGUGACAUCGGUGGACAGAUGGGCCUAUUCAUUGGCGCCAGCAUCUUGACAGUGUUGGAAAUACUGGAUUAUAUCUAUGAGGUGAUGAAGCAGCGGAUACAGCGGCUGCUCAGACCUCGCAAAGAAGAGAAGAAGAGCCCACAGCGAGCCACAGUCGCCACGGUGAAGCUGGAGGAAAUGAACACAAAGGAACCAAAAGACACACGGAGCCAUCCAGAGGGAGCCUACGCCAACCAGAUCCUGCCUUUGAACCACCACCCAAUACCCCACCCGCAGCCAGCGCCCCACCCGAAAACAGCGCCAACCCCACAAGCGAUCUCCCAUCAGAAGGCAAUGCCAGUUCCACAAGUGAUGUCACAUUCAGCAACGUUAGCCCGUCCAGCAACAUUAGCCCGUCCAGCAACAUUAGCCCAUCCAUCAACCUUGUCCCACCCGGGAACCAUGUCCCACCCAGGAACCAUGUCCCACCCAGGAACCAUGUCCCACCCAGGAACCAUGUCCCACCCAGGAACCAUGUCCCACCCAGGAACCAUGUCCCAUCCAGGAACCAUGUCUCACCCAGGAACCUUGUCCCAUCCAGGAACUUUGUCUCAUCCGCAGCCCUUGCCGCUCCCACCAAUGACGCAUCAUUCUACGGGCCGGCGUUCUGUGUUUGAAGACUUUGCCUGCUAG